ACGAAGCGACAUCGUGUACGAAGACUUGUUUAAGCUUGUAGCUCAAAACCUAAGCGAGUGCAUUUGUCUAGUGUUUGUAACAGACUCGCACUAAGAUGUGGCGGCUCAGUACAAUUGUUUUUAUUAUUCUUAACAUUUCGCAAUGCUUUGUGAUGAAUUCGCCAAAAAUAUAUAAAAUUGUAGGACCUGAAAUAUUACUAUACGGCAGCAAAGAAGCUGUUACCCUCGACUGUCAAUUUCAUACAAACGAAACAACUGAUCUAACUGUAAAGUGGUAUUUUAAUGACACGUCCCACCUCGUGUACCGAUGGAAACCGCCUAAUAAACCACAAGCUUUUGGGAUGUUUAAGAAACAGUUUGACCUCUCACACGUAGCUUCGAAUAAUCCGUCCUCGCAAUAUCGAGCUCUACACAUCAAAAAUCCGACUCCAUUUAUGUCUGGAAAAUACAUCUGCGCUGUGACCAACCGCUUUUCUGAAGAUAGGAUGACACACUCUAUGACCAUAUAUGAAACUGAAAAAAAAUCCAAUUUAAUACUCGAUCGUCUAAAAAACAACACAAUAGUCAACAUAAUAUAUAAAAUAGAAGGAGUGUACCCGUAUCCGAAAUUGGAACUAUUUGCUGCAAAUAGACUAUUAAAUUCAACGUCAAAAAUUACCAAAAUGGAUGACAGUCUUUAUAAAGGCGUAGCAUCGGCUUUGAUAAAAACAAACACACUUGAUACAACGGUUGAAAUAAUUGGUCGCAUGGAAAUUCCUGAAGCAAACUAUGUUCACAUACAAAGGGAAAUAUUUUACAGAGAUCCAAACCCAUACAAUCAAAACUUUGAGAUUAAUAACGAUCAACGAAGAAUAACACCGGCGUUAAUAUUAAUUUUAUUCUCCUUAUUUAUUUCUUGGGGAGUACUGCGGUAUGAAUAA